CCAAGAUUUGAACGAGCUGUCUGUCUGCGUAGUCUGUGGUAGGCAUCAACAUGGGGAGCAGUGGAAAGUUAAUCAACCUGUGGAAUAGGAGGCAGAGCCUCUUUCCCAACUACAAAGUCACCGGCCCUGAAUCUAGUGCUGGACUUAGGAGACCCUCAGAAGGCAUCACCCUUCCAUUCGUCAAGGAUAGGUGCAUAAAGGAAUGGAAUUCCAUGCAAGAACUGAGCAGGGACAUUUAUGAUAUCUAUGCAGAGUAUGCAGAGGAGGAAGAUGAGAGGCCGUUGACUCCUUUUUCAAGGCUAGCUUCACCCACCAAGAAUUACAAUCUGAACAUCAAUGUUGGGGGAAAGUGCUAUCAGAUUGCUUACCGGUUGGCAGCAAGGUACCCCAAGACUAGGAUCGGACGGCUUGCCACCUACACGGACCAUAACAAGAAACUUGACCUGUGUGAUGACUACCAAGUCAAGAAAAAUGAGUACUUCUUUGACAGGGAUCCUGAAGUUUUUAACAACAUCUUCACCUUUUACAGAACCGGGGUAUUAUGGAUAAAAGAUGAGUUGUGCCCGCGGAAUUUCCUGGAGGAGAUCAACUACUGGGGCGUGAGGAUCAAAAACACCAACCGCUGCUGCCGAAUCUCCUUUGAGGAGCGACAGGAUGAAAUCAACGAGCAACUUAAAAUCCAGAGAGAGCUGGAGGCUGAGGUAGAGAUCGAGGAAAACGAGGAACUUUUUCAGGACAUGUUCAUGGGCUACAGCCGUAGAGUGAUCUGGAACCUGAUGGAGAAACCUUUCUCCUCUGUUCCUGCCAAGAUCACGGCCUUGACCUCCAGCUUGUUUGUCGUGGUUUCCCUGGUGGCCAUGACAUUAAACACAGUUGAGGAGAUGCAGUACAAGACUCCCUCUGGCCAACUGAGUGGAAAGACCUAUUUUCAAUAUGUGGAGUCCCUGUGCAUUGCCUUUUUCACGAUGGAGUAUCUGCUCAGGCUUGUGUCCACACCUGACCUCCAAACCUUUGCAAGGAGUAUGCUCAACACAGUGGAUCUGAUCGCUAUCCUACCACAGUACCUGCAGCUGGCUUUAGAGUGCUUUGACAGUAAUGACUAUGUGAAGCACGAACAUGACAUGAGGACAGUGGGACAGGUAGGGAAGCUGGGUCAGGUGCUGCGGAUCAUGCGCCUGAUGCGUAUCUUUCGUAUCUUGAAGCUGGCACGCCACUCUACAGGACUGAGAGCAUUUGGAUUCACACUGCGCCAAUGCUACCAGCAGGUGGGCUGCCUCUUCCUGUUUAUUGCCAUGGGAAUCUUUGCCUUCUCUGCAAUGGUCUACACUGUGGAGCACGACGUCCCCCAAACCAACUUCACCAGCAUCCCCCAUGCCUGGUGGUGGGCCGCUGUGAGCAUCUCUACAGUGGGAUAUGGAGAUGUGUACCCAGAGACCAUUCUGGGACGUCUCUUUGCUUUUUUCUGUAUUUCUUUUGGAAUCAUAUUGAAUGGCCUGCCCAUCUCCAUCUUAUUCAACAAGUUCUCAGACUACUACUCCAAACUUAAAUCCCAUGAGUACACUGCAAACAUGAAGAACCGGGGGAAAGUGCGGUUAGCCAAGAGGACAGCAAUGCAGAUCUCAGUUUGUUGUGGGGUUGGAGAGAGCACAUCACACUACAGCUAAGUGUUUAUGACUUUUUGAGGCAUAUCUGUCAAAUCUUCCAUACAUACAGUAUCAGUUUUAAUUAAUGUAAUGUUAACUUUGAAACCACUGAAAACCCAUCUAUCCGCUUGUCUUGGGGGAUGGGGAGUCCAGGACAGGAAUCAUUUUUCAGUAGAUUUUACUUUAAAGGGUUCGAGGGAUUGUUUACCUCUCCCAUAUUAUGCACAUUAUUUGUAUGUAUACAAUUAUUUUUGUGUACUCAUUUCUAUCCAUUUUCUAUUGUGUUUAAUGGCUUUGAUGUCACAUUGAUUUUCUCAUUUAUUUUUGUGGGAUUUUAUUUUGCAAUCCUAUCUUGUAUAUACUCAAUAAAGAUGAAUAUUGCUAUUGCAUUUUUAAGAAGUACAUGGCAUGUCCUCCAAUGCAUAUCUUGCAAAGCCACUCUGGUUUUUAUAACGCUAUUCACCCAGCCACAAAGUAUUCACAACCUAAACGCCCAGAAGACAUUCUCAAGCCAACAACCACAAUUGCUCUAGCGUGCCUCUGCUCCAACCUGCCACAAGGCGUCACUAGAUCAUGACAAGAAAAAUCUAACAAAUUAAACACUGUUGCUAAAAUGUUCAAGAAAAGUUGGCAAUGGAAACUAGCCAUAAACUAAAUGUCAGUGUCUUUCAAGUAAGUAACAGAUUUUAAAGCUUUCUUACCAAGGACUGGAUUGCACCAACACAGAUUAACUUUUAAACUGAGUUAAAUCAAGGUUUAUCUAUAAAUCUUUUUGCACCAAACAUAAAACCUAGAUUUAAAUUGAUCAUAGUUAAAUGUAAUCCUUCCUCUAAUCUAAGUGUAUUUCUGAUUUAACCUAGAUUAACUUUUAAUUGACUCUUGCUCCAAAAAUAUUUUUUGGAAUUCAAACUUAGAUAACAGAUUACUUCUAAACUGCCACUUGAAGUAGUUUAACUAGACAAAGAUGGCAGCAUAUUUGUGGUGGAGAGAGCAAAUUUACAACAGAGUUCCUCAUAGAAAAAUAAGAGACUAAACCUGUUUGAGUUUUAUGAUAAUGAAGAGUUUAAAAAAAGAUACCCCUUCUCUAAGGACUCGGUUACUCAUCUAAACCAAAAGGUUGGACCAGUCAUUCAGCAUGGUCCCUCCAAUGCUACAGCUCCUUGUGUCCCAGCGGUUUUACGCAAUUGAAUGCUUCCAAAUGGUGGAUGGGGACCUUUUUGGACUCCACAAGUCAAUGGUCAGCAGGACUGUGACCAGAGUGUCAGGUGCUAUUGUCGGUCUAAGUAGUCAGUACAUAAAAUGUCAUCCAACAGCAGAAACAGCAGCUGGAUUGUAUAGGAAAGCUAGACUCCCAGGUCUUCUAUGGUUAAUAGACUGUACUCAUAUUCCUGUUUCCAACCUUGGUGGUGAGAAUGGAGAACUGUUCCAUAAUGGUAAACUGUAAAGGCUACUGCUCAGUCAGUGUGCAGGCUGUAUGUGAUGAAAAUGGUCAUCUUAGUAACAUUAUAGUUUAAUACUGUUAGUCAUGGAUUUACUGAUCCAGGUUUAAAACUAAGUGGUGCAUCACAACACUGAUACAUUUUAAACUUAGAUUUACAAAACGUAGAUUAGCUAUUAUCUUAGAUUGAUUUAAACUGUGUUGGUGAAAUCCAGCAUGUCUGUAAACAGUUGCAAAUACAAAUAACUUUACUGGCCAUACAGCACGCAAUGAAUAUGCAUUUAGAAAAAAAUUACGGACUUUUUUAUGUUGCUCUCCAGCCACCUCGCUAAAGGUGAAAAACAGAAAUGCCUCAUCUUCGCCCCCAUCCAAUAUUUACACAGCAGCAGUAGCCCUGGGUAAACCAGAAGUUGAAUCUUAGUUGCUGGUUCUAAUCCUUGCUUGAGCCGACAAAUUAAAAUCCCCAGUUUUUCUGUUCCAGACCAAGACAGUUAACCCAAUUAUUCCCCGGUUGUUGCUGUUAAUAAGAAUGUCUCAUUAGCAUACCUAGGCUACCUGGGAAAAUGAAUAUGCUGUUGUUUCUAAGUUGAUGUUUUGCUUUCAAUAUCAUUAUUUUGGUUUGCAAUACUACAAUUCGUUGUUGUUUUUAAUUGCUAAAUUUGAAUUCUAUAUCUUAUGGGAUUCUACUUUCUUCAAUAUUUAGCUUUGUCUGUUAAGUCCAAUAUACUGUAAAUGUAUUGUAAGUGUAUUAGUAUACUGUAAAUGUAUUGUAAUUUAACAACAUUCCAACAUUGUUAGCAUUGACUAUUACAAAUGUGUAAUGUUUAAAAUGUUUUCUAUUCAUCAUUGCUAUAAAUUAUGGACUUGUAGUCUGAAGGUGGAACUAGGAGACACUAUGGUCUCCAAAGGUUUACACGGGUUUACACCGUUUUACACGUAUCGGCUAAAUUACGAUCGCUUACGAUACGUGAAAGGAACGUAGGGCAGUUACGUCACACCAUAAUCUACAAAUAUUUGGUUUUGAAAUUGAGAAUUAAAAUGAUAGACAAUA